AUGAGACCCCCGGCCGAAUAUAUAAGGACUACAAGGAUCAGUGUGAGACAUCACUUCUCAGAUACAACCCCCAGAAGCCCCAGAAAGAAGAAACAAAAACUACACGAUGUCGGUUCCAGCGGAAAAAAAACUACUACUAACGCGACAACAACUGAUACUAAUAACUUUGGGAAACGUUCUUGGACAUCUGAAGAUUCAACUGAAGAACCAACGACUAAGCGAUUGAACGACGGUACUAUAGGCGAACAGUCCGAAUUCGCCGCUAUCCUAGAAGCUAUGGCUCUGAAACACGAACAACAAUUUCAAAUUCUAAUCGAGCAAGGAAAACUGAGAGAUCAAUAA